UCCCCGGCCAUCGAUCCGUACAGUUGCUACCGCCAGAUCUUCCCUUCCUAUGAACAAGAAGACGUGUUUUCAUCUCAUUCAAGCCAAAGUUCUUCGUCGGCAUCGUGCAGUGGAAAACGCUAGGUGUGGAAAAUUGAUUUUUCCUCGUGCCAGGAAAGCAGAUUUUGUCGUCAACAUCAUUACUGAUUAACUGUCGCUUUUGUAACCGAUUCGGUAGCUUAUUUCUCGAGCUAGCAGCGGAGGAAAAAAGCAAAUGGAUGCAUUAAUUGAUGAGGUGGAAUCGCUUGAAGCGAUCCUGAUGGAAGACGUCGCUAUCACCAGAAACGACAGCGGUUUCCCGGAACUGAUCGAGACAACGGUGUUCCCCACGGUAGGUGGGGAACUGGACAGCCAGUACGUGUGCAUUACGCUGCAAGUACUACCAGUUCCCGGUUACCCGGAUGUGAAGCCGACUAUAAAAUUGAAGAAUCCGCGUGGUCUGGACGACCACAUCAUCAACAGCAUUGAGACGGCUGUCCACCAAAAGCUGGACGAAUGUUUGGGUCAACCGGUUGUGUUUGAUCUGAUCGACAUCAUUCGGGAACAGUUGACCGAGAGCAACGUCCCUUCGGGGCAGUGCGUGAUCUGUUUGUACGGUUUUCAGGAGGGCGAUGAGUUCACCAAAACCGCUUGCUAUCAUUAUUUGCACAGUCACUGUUUGGCGUGCCAUUUGAAAGCUUCCAAGCGAAACUAUGAGGAAGAGCUAGCCAAAAUGCCCACUUGGAAACAGAAGGAGGCUAAACCGUACCAGGCGCUCUGUCCCGUUUGCAGGGAACCGAUCGACGUGGAGGUAGAACCACUGGUAAAAUGUCAGCCACCGGUUGAGUUGGUUAAUGCACCCCGCUUUCGUCUAACAGACGAGCUGAAGUCGUUGCAAGCGCAAAUGACCCGGCUGUAUUUGCAUCAGAAGAGCCGCGGCGGGAUAAUCGAUUUGGAUGCCGAGGAAGGAAAUGUAAUUGCUAUUGAAACCGAAAAUGUUAAUAAUGAGUCCUCCAAAAACACUCACAAUGUUGUUCAUGCUAGUACUACACUUGAGGGUGCAACUGUGUUAUCAGUGCCACAGUUACCAAAGCAACAGGGCGUUUUUUCGGGAGGCUCUCACCAUCACGAACGUGGAAACAGUUCGCGUCACUCCGGACCAGGAUCCGGAGGGAAUCGACAUAACCACAACCACAAUAAUCGUUCAGUUCGGACGCGGAAUGGGUCUGCAACUGUUGGAGUCAACAUUACUGGCGACGCAGGCGUCGUUGAAUCUCCGCUACCACCACCCCAUUCGUAUCAUCAUCAUCGUGGCGGACAUCGCCAUCGCCGCAGCAACCACCACCAUCAUCAUGGCGGUAGUGGUGGGCAUCACCACAGGGGUACGGCUACUACAGGUGGUUCCAGUGCUGCUGCCGCUCAAAAUAACUUAAACAGUCCUUGUGGAUCCGGCGCUAGGUGACAAUUGUUGCCCCCGGAAUCGGAAGGCGCGGCCAGGAUGCAGCUCAAUUCAAAUAUCAGUGAGUUACAUCAAAGGCUCCCAUGCUACAACCAUUAUGAUAACAUUUUCGGGAAUGAUAAUCUUUAUCGUGACCGAAAUCAACAUGCCCAGCAACUGCUGGAUGAACCUUCAACCCGAAGACAACUGCUGCUAAUAUAACAUUCGGCUCAAGGUAAGCUCGCACUUGCACUAUCGUUGGACCCUCUGGUGGGGUCCUUACAUAAUCGUCGCGACGAUUUUAAUACUUCAUCUAUCGAUAAUAUUAGUACUACUAUAAUGCAUAGCAGUGAUGAUAUCCUUAGUAGCCAUAAUAGUUGUUUUAAAUGUACUGCGACCAUAGUCGCCAGCAGGAAUCGCUGUAAUACGACAGCCGCUACCGAUUUCGGUAUCAUUGAUCGACUCAAACCUACCCGACUGAUUAGAAUAUCAUCUCCGUCACCAAUAGCUCCCCUAACGUGUCCGAGUGUGCCAAUCAUUGCAGUGAUGGCCAAAACGGUAAUGGAGCUGCGAGUGGCAGCGCUAGGGAUUUUAGCGAGUUUAGUUAAGCAUAAGAUGUUCUUCUGUUUGUCGAUGGUUAUGUUUUGUAGAGAUGCCACUUUAUGUUGCAAAACUAAUACGAGUGAAGUACAUUGUGAUCAGUUAUAACGUAUUGCGGAGUGUAGUUACUAUAGUAUUUUAACGUGAUCUGCAGAUGAUGAGAUUGUAGCCGAGGGAAAAUAGUUUGGCAGAAUCGGAAUGAUUGGAUCCAACGGUUUUUGACCUGAUGGCGUGCGCGAUCUACUUACUUAUUCUAUUGACACAAUCAGAUAGUUUCGCCACUGACGCUGCAUCAAAAUUCGGAUCGAUAUUUUAUUGUGAAUUUUUACACAAUCCACUAAUGUUCUUUCUUUUCUCGAAAUCUCGUAACCAUAAUUUGCCAUUAAGUUUGUUAUGUCGGAUUGUUGUCGUACGGCGCGUUUCAAAUUUUUCGAGUUAUCUUUCUAACAAUAUCAGAAUACGCAUAUUCUUGUGACAUCGUUCAGACGUGUUCUCACUAGGGUACUCUACGCUAAUAAGAUUUUUCAACCCACCAACGAAGAGGUUGUGCGUACCGUUUGAUUUCAAAUUAAAUUUAAUUCCACUGCACAAGGCACAUCUAAAAUUGACGAAAGCCAAACAACAAUUACGGAUACAAUCGAAUUGAAGCCUGUUCCCAAACUGAUGGACCGUCGAUGCACCAGCUAGCAAUGUGCUGCUGUCCAGUAUUGCAGGGCAAGACAUGUGAUGUUAAAUUAAGUCAACAAAUAAGUUUUUUUUCCCAAAGUGAGUAGUGUCUUUAGGUUGUUGUGUUCUACUCGUGAUUAAUUAUAAUCAUAGUUAUCAUAAGUUUUUAACCAACAUUAAAUGAUAUUCUAAUUCAUCGAAGCGGGGUAAUACUUAAUAAGACCGAAUGUUUCCACCGUGGUUUGAACUGAUAACGAUUGACAUUAGUAUUGUACAGGAUAAAACUGUGUCACCAGCUAGAAUCAAUUACAUUCCUGACUCGUUACUUAGAAUGCCGCACAUAAACGUGUGAUUGUGUUAUAAAUACUCUCCCACUGAUGCACAAUGCAUGACACUACAUAAACAAAGCAGUAAUCAUUCGUCAACGUGGUUGGUGUUUUAGUUUAAUAAUCAAAAAAGAAACGAAUAUAAAAUUGCAUUACGCUUAUAGAGCGUGCCAAAAACCAAUUAAAUUUUCUACCAUACUAAUGAAAACAACCCAUUGAAUGUAGAGACAAAAUUAAGACUUACAUUGUAUGAGCAAUUACAAAGCAUCUUUUUAUCAGUCUUUUUUUUGCAUCCAUAUAUGAUGUAACUCAACAAAAAUAUAGCAAGUAAACCUAGUCCACACCGAGUCCCAUAAAUGAUUACAGCAAAAUCUCAACAUUAAAAUAGUUGUGUAAAAUUACGAUUUCAAUGUAAUUUCAAUGAAAUUAAAACAGACAAGUACUACUACAGCAAAUAUAAUAUGUCGCAUGCCAUUGAUAAAACCGUAUGUGGAAUAAUA